AUGAAAAUAUCUUUAGAAAAGACAGACCCUUCUAUUUCACAUGCAGUUGGCAUGGAGAAGAAGAUAAAAUCUCUUCUUGUGCAGGUUGUUCUUACUGGGUGUGCACUUGCUGCGUAUAUAAAAAUAGGAGGAAAGUGUCUAUUUGCAGUUUUGACAUAUUUGUUCGCGAAUGCGUGUUUUAUGCUUCUUGUAAUUCUGGUAAUGGCAUCGUCUUCCAAGAAAAAUAAAGAGGCAGUGAAGAUAGUUGCAAAGCCACAGGAGGCUGUAAAGCCUGAGGAAAAGCCAGCUGAUAAGGAGCCAUAUAGAAAAUCCGAAAUUAAUUUCCAGCUGUCCUUCAGAAGGAAGAACAAGGCAAUUACUCCACCCAAGCAGAUAGUCAUUAAGAAGUAUGAAGAGUACGAGCAGGAAUUUGGUCUCAGCAAGCAGCUGGAAAAAGACUUCAAAACAUGGAUGCACAAAAAUGUGCUUCUCUCUGCCCUGAAUGAACCAUCGCAGAUGCUAAACAACAUGAAAACACCAAAGAUUCUUUCAAGAAUGGAGAUAAAUGAUCUGAAAAUGAUGUGCGGAAAUGGAUUCUUGUGCUACGAUAAAAGCAAUGAAAUGCAUGGGAAGGCACUCUUCAAGAUUCUCUACAACCACUUCAAUGAAAAGAUCCCAGGAGACAGUUCGUAUUACACAAACCCAAUGGAUGAGUUUAUUUUCGAUGAUAUCAGCAAGAUAAAGAUAAGUCGGUUUGGCCUGCUGGUUGAAGAUACAGAGUCUCUGAUAGAAGGGAAGAAAACAUUCAACGUGUACUUUAUAAACAAGAACAAACUAUACGAUACGCAAGGAGAUGUAGUUCUCUCCUUCCUGCUUCUUCUAAUAUUUGCAAAUACCCAUGAAGGAAGGUAUCUUGGAGCACUUUCCCUGCGCAGUCUCCCAUUCCUUGCAAAAUAA